CAAGAGUAAAAUCAUGGGCUAAGGUGACUCGACCAGCCACUACCACAGCCACCAUACGCCCGUCUGGAAAUCCAACCGGGCAAGGAGAAAUAGUCCCGGGAUCCGUGAGGCAAGUGGAGUCAGCCGUAACAUGAUGGGAAGCUCCGGUGUCAAUAAUCCACUUCAAGAGGGGAAACGUACCCGACAUCCGGUCACUAGAAUGAGUAUCGGUAUUAAUUAAAUUUAGGAGCGCCUGCACCUGCUCGGGGUUAAAGUAGCUAAACCAUUAUAGUUAUUCCCCGUAGUAGAAGAAGACUAUGUGUGAAGCCCGCGGGUCUCGAUCAAUUAUCUUCAAAUCAACAUCUCUAGCUCUAUCAACUUGUACAAUAAUGAAGCGUGUAAACUCAACCGCCGAUGGGAUCUUCCGUUUUGUCAAAGAGAGAAGUAGAAGCUGCAGGAGAUCCAUGGAGGCAUCAAUCUCUUCGUCUUCCGGCGGAGAAGGAUACGAGUGGGUGAGGAAAGAGCGGGUGGACGCGGUGGUGGUGGGAGCAGGGGUGGUGGGCAUAGCGGUGGCGCGUGAGCUAGCGGUGAAGCAGGGAAGAGAGGUUCUGGUCAUCGACUCCGCACCGACAUUCGGCACCGGAACAAGCUCCCGUAACAGUGAGGUCAUCCAUGCCGGCAUCUACUAUCCUCCCCAUUCCCUCAAGGCAAGAUUUUGUGCUAGAGGGAAGGAGCUAAUGUACAAGUACUGCAAAGAUCAUGAAAUCCCUCAUAAAGAGAUUGGCAAGCUUAUUGUUGCCACUGGUUCUUCUGAUAUCCCAAAGCUGAAUGCUUUGUUGACCAGAGGAAUGGAAAAUGGGGUUGACGGUCUCAAAAUGAUAGAGGCUCAUGAAGCCAGAAAAUUUGAACCAGAAUUGCAGUGUGUUAAAGCUUUAUGGUCACCUACUUCAGGCAUAGUUGAUACUCAUUCCCUAAUGCUCUCACUAGUGGGAUGUCAACCCAAACCGGUGUAGGGGGAAGCUGAAAGCCAUGGUACAACUUUCACUUACAAUACAACUGUUAUUGGUGGUCAUCUUGAUGGAAAUCAAAUCCAUAUUCAUGUUUCAGAAAGCAAUGCUCUUAAAAAUUGGCACGGGGAUUCUCAGCUCGUACCACAAUUGAUUCUUAUUCCCAGAUUGGUAGUGAACUCCGCAGGCCUAAGUGCAAUAGCUGUAGCUAAGCGAUUCAGUGCACUGCAUAAAAAUGGAGCUACUCCCAACGCUUAUUAUGCCCGUGGUAGUUACUUUACUCUCUCAAACACCAAGAAACCUUUCUCCCAUUUGAUUUAUCCCAUACCUGAAGCCGGUGGUCUAGGUGUACAUGUUACUGUGGAUUUAAAUGGUCAAGUAAAGUUUGGCCCUGAUGUUGAAUGGAUAGACGGCAUCGAUGAUGUUUCAAACUUCCUAAAUAUGUUUGAUUAUUCGGUACGUGAAGAUCGUGCAAAGAAAUUCUACCCCUCUAUAAGAAAAUACUAUCCUGGUCUAAAGGAUGGAUCACUGCAGCCUUGUUAUGUCGGUAUCAGACCCAAACUUUCCGGUCCUGAAGUAGGCUUCACUGAUUUUAUAGUGCAGGGAGAGGACACCCAUGGCAUAGCUGGCCUUGUAAACUUGUUUGGUAUAGAAUCGCCGGGACUUACUUCAAGCAUGGCAAUUGCAGAGCAUGUUUCUGCCAAACUAAUAUGAAGAUAAUUUUUGUCCAUUUGGUACCGAGUAUAAAGCUUUACAAAUUCAUCUGUCCUAGAAGUUUUGACCACUGGGCAUGGCUUUGUAAAAGCAAAAACUACACUAUGCAAUGAACACCUUACUAAAAAAGUAUGUAACGUCAAGUCAUUUGAUAUCAAUGAAACGUAAAAUGCAAAUGAUUCAAAGUCUCAAAGAUUUACGAAUCGACACAUAAUUGUUGUGAUUCUCCUGAAAAUGUG